CACAAUUGUCACGCAUACCACGCCGCACUGCAAAGAAUUACGUCCAUUGGGACUUGAGACGUUCUAUUGCCGCGUCCCUCUUGAUAAGCUCCACUCUCAACUUGGUGCACUCCGAGGCAAGAGCUGAGUCUCGAAUCUGACAAAUGAGACACAUGGCCGGCCAUUGAAGUGGGAAUGUACACUCCCUUGAUCCGCCCCGCGCACCUUCUCUUCGAGGACACCACAUGCGUCAAGGAGGAGAGUGCAUCGACUCUGCAGUACAUUGACGUCCCACUGACCAUCCUCCGCCUCGUCGUGCGAAGUGUCGCCCGCGUCCGUUUCUACAGCUGCCACUGUCUCCUUUGCCACGGCCUGAACUCUCAUCUGUGUCAGCUUGUCGACGAGGGCGUUGCGCCUCUCCGUCUGUCUACGGAACUCUUGUCUGAGUCGUUCGCGCUUCUUGGCCUGCGACGGCCCCUCCAUCACCUCGUCUACAUCUCGUCUCAGCUGCAUAUACAAUCCGCAAAACAUCAAUGGGAUUUUGGGUCUACCAACAGGUGCAAUUACCUGGUUGGCGUCGUCUGAGAGUUUGCAGUUCUCUGCUUUGAGGCUGAGCUGCUCCGCCCGUCCAAAGAGGCUGUCAGGGACGUCUGCGCCGUCCAUGCCGAGAUGUCUCAGGUGCCUCUCGAUCUGUGUUAUCAUGUUCUGGUUCUUGGUGACUUGCCCCUUGACUGGCAGCACCGACUCGCUGUACCUCCGAUGCAGGCGAUCCACAACGCUGCGCUGACCAGCGAAUUGAUGGGUAUGAACGAAAAGCAUGGCACAGACACAAGCUGAGAUGAAUGACAGUACUUGUGAGGAUCCGUGUCUGCGACCUGUUGCUCGCCCACGUCGCUGAGCUCUGUCAGACAGGCCUCCAGCUGCCUGAAGUGCCAAGCCACUUGUCUGCAGCUUCGCAUGUACUUUCUUUACCUGAUUUGUUUCCCCUUUGUCUUCAGGGGCUUGAGCUGAUCCCAGAGCUUCACCACCUCAGCUCGUGCCUUGUCAAAUCGCUCAGCCACCCGACCUGAGGAGACACGAGCACACUCCCAUGAACGAAUGGCUCCGUCGACUGUGUGAUGGAUCGUACUAAAAAUGUGAUUCAGCCUUGUGCGGCCGUCUUUUGACGCCAAGAUGACCUCGAGAUCCUGCGUCAUGGCAGACCAAGCAGCGGAGUCCCAUGUAUCGCUCAUUCUCGUCCACCAACCAUAUCAGUGAUGGCAUUCUCUAUCAGCGCCUUGAGUUGCUUCUUCGUGCUUCGAAUGGAAUCCUGAACAAACAAAGGUGCGUGUCCUGACGAGAGGGUAAGAGUGAGGGGACGCGCAUAUCGUGCUCUUUGUGUCUUACGAUGAUGCCAUCUUUCUCCCCCUUCAGGUUCCUCUGUUCUUCGUCAAGGUCAGCCUGGUGACGCUCCACGGCACGGCAAAGCUGCACUGAAUGCAUUCAUGAGAAUGAGAACACAGACAAGCGCCUUUAGCCGCAUGCAUUCGAAAGGAGCGUCCGUCCGCCCUUACACGUUAGUAGCCGGUCCGUGGGGUGAUGACAGGGCGGCAUAGCGAAGGAGCGGUGGGAGAUUCUUUGCAAAGAUAUUUCCACAGUUCCGAGGGGAAGAGCGUGAGAGACGGGAAUCAGAUGGGGGCUCGCAGCGCCUCCUUCCGCAUAACCUUCUCCCCGCCCUAACCUCUCAGUUUGCGAAUCCUUGUUUUUAUGAGAGAUCAU